AUGAACACGUUCAUGUACCUACUCGCGAAAAUUGUUGUCCAUGAUAGGCGACGGAAACUCGCCCACGACGGUUUCCUGUACAAUUUCGACAAGUACUCGGCCGACGGCGGAACUCUCUACUGGAGAUGUGAACCGAAAGGUCGUUGUAAUGGUCGAGUCCACACUAUCGAUGGGGAUGUUGUGAGAACCAUAAACGAGCACACUCAUGAUAGUGAUCCAGCGAGAAUCCAGACGAAGCAGGCCGUUGCGGAAAUAAAAGCUCGAGCUCAAGAGACGAUGGAGGGCUGCUCUCAAGUCAUCAACGCGACUCUGCUCAAACUCCCCGAAUAUGUCAUGGGCGUAAUGCCGACGAAAUCCGCGCUUAAGAAGACCGUGCAGAAUGCGCGAGGCGAGAGAUUCAGCGCACCGGCAGCCCCCACCAGCUCGGCAGAAUUGUCGAUUCCGGAAGGCUAUAGAACUUACGAGACAAGUCCAGGUGUGUUCGAAGAUUUCCUCCUGGCCGACUCAGGUCCCGAGUUGGACCGUAUUCUAAUCUUUGGCCGCAGUCGGAACAUCGAAGAGCUAAGGUACAGCAAAAUGUGGUUCGUGGAUGGCACGUUCUCGAUAGUCCCACCACUUUCUUACCAAGUCUACGUUAUACUCGCGGAGAUGAACCAGACCGUUCAUCCUUUCCUGUACGUGCUGCUUCCCAAUAAGUCUGGUUCAACUUACACCCGAAUGUUCACCAUGAUCAGAAGCCUGGAUGAAAGUAUUGAACCGGAGACUAUCAGCUGUGACUAUGAGUUGGCUGCGAUUAAUAGCAUCCGUGAAGUGUUUCCCAAUGCCAACAUCGCAGGCUGCUAUUUUCACCUAAUGCAGAACUUGAAAAAGCAUGUCAACACUUCGGGUUUGACCACGAAAUAUAGGAACGAUCCGGAAUUCGCCAGCUACGCGAAAAUGAUUGGUGCCCUUGCAUAUGUACCGCCACAGGAUGUUGAGAAAGCGUUCGAGUUGCUUUCUGAGGAAUCGCCAGCGGAACUCGAGCCUCUUCUGAAUUAUUUUGGAGAUACCUAUCUCGGAAGACCAGAUCGUCGCGGUCGUCGCCGCAAUCCUCGCUUUCCAAUAUCAAUCUGGAAGGUCUACGAGCGGACCAUCCAAGGAUGUCACAGAACGAACAACCACGCAGAAGCCGCGAAUAGGCGCAUACAGACGGAAUUCAACAUGGAUCAUCCUAGCAUAUGGAUGUUCAUCGAUGCUCUGAAGAGAAGUCAGAAGAACCGCGAUUUCGAGUACGAAUCGCUAGUAGCGGGCGCCGCGGGUCCCACAACUCUAAAAAAAUACGAAGUUGCGAACAGGAACACCCUGAGGCUUAAAGAUGCAAGCAGGAAAAUUAUAGCUGUGAACAACUUCUUUGCUUUCCAAUACCGCGAUGACAAAACCGCGUAUGAUAACGUAACAGAAUUCAAAAGACUGAAGAAGGCGCUGGACGACGCCUCCGCGAAAAUGGACGAGGACAUC